ACGUUUUACACACACAGUUGUUUGGGCACGUUCAAAAGAGUGGUUGCCAACGCGCGUUUCCACUGAAAAUAUUCUCAAAAUGUCACAACAAGGAGCUGCUUUGCAAAGUUAUAACAACGAAUUGGUCAAAUGCAUCGAGGAUCUAUGCAGCAAGAGGGAUGAGCUCCACAAACACAUCCUCCAGGAAGAGGAGGAGAAACAGAAGCUACAGAACGAUAUGCGCAUCUUGAGUGAGAGGCUGGCAAAGGUGAACGAGAGUCUGGCCAAGAAGAUGGCAUCUAGGAAUGAAUUUGACAAAACAAUAGCUGAGACAGAGGCAGCAUAUAUGAAGAUAUUGGAGAGUUCACAGACACUAUUGAAUGUUCUGAAGAGAGAGUCUCACAGUUUGAGGGAGAAGUCUAUGAGCCAAGGCGGUUCUACACAGAGAACGCUGACACAAACCUAACCUCAUCUUCAAUAGCAUCAACUUGUACAGAUCCAUGUGUAUAUAGACCCAGUGUUUCCUACCCCAGCUGUGUCUGUGAUUGCUGGUGUAUUUGUGACAGUCAGAAGGACUGUAUGUCUCUGUCAUUAUUUAAUAGAUGUAAUGUUUUAUUAUCUUUGACACGUGAAAACAGAUACUGACAAUGUAGAUCAUGGUAAAGACAUAUUUUUUUUUGUAAACUGAAAAUAAUGUAAACUGUUUUGCCAGAAGUGUUUGCCACCAGUUAGUCUAUAUUUAGUUCUGGGGAGAUUAAAAAUAUGUAAAAUAUUUACUUAAGACUUUUGCCACCUGUCUGUUCUAUUGUCUUUAGCAAGUCUGUUAGUGAUUAAAUUUUCUUUGCUAAUGAAGAGUACCAAAAGCUGUAUGUCCAAAAUUCAUUUUUAAGUUAGUUUUUCUUGAGACCCUCUUAGAGAGAAGCCUACCAGCAUUUUACUUUUCAUUAUAAUCAAACCAAAGCCUUUUAACAUAUUUUUGAGCAUCAUUAUCUGCCUUAGCCAUUUGGCAGAAAUAUAUCUUUUGUCACCAGUCAAGUUAAGCAGUGACAAGGUGUCAGUAUGUAUAAUAAGUGGCUUAUGUAUGACAUAGUAUCUGCAGUGUACGAAAUAGGCUUGUCAGGAAUCAUGUAGUAUUGAAUUGUUUUACUGUAAUACAUUUUAUUCUUGCCUUAAUGGAACUGCCCUAAAGUGGCCUUUGAUCUUGGUUUGCUCACUCUUGACUAAAUGUACUUUGAUUGUUCUUGUAAACAUGUGCAGCCCAUGAUGUGGCUUGAGGCCAGGCAUCUACAUGUCUGUAUCCUUGUACAUAAAUUUUCUAAUGUAA